CCUGGCAUGCCAUACCCGACAUGAGUGGAAAAAAAUUCUCCUCCCUCCUGUGUGGAAGUGGACUCGAAGAUGCUGCAUGGACUAAAGAGAGACAACGGCUACUUUCAAACCCACCCAGCUCGAAGAUCUGCAGGGGCAUGGUGAGGCCAGGCUCCUUGGUUCCUACCAGAGGCCAGUAGCUGGAGCUGAAGUCUUCACUGGGAGGAAGCAGCAGCAGCAUGGACACUUUCUCUCCCAACUGCAGAAGCUCCCUGGCUGACCCUGAGCUGUUCGUAGAGCAUGUCCAUGGCGGUGGGUUCAGGCAGCAGAGGAAUUCUACUGCGGUUCUUCUCCAGGCGGGCCAAAGGCAUCCACUGUAGAGGAGGCUCCGGGUGGCUUGGGGGCACAAAGGAUGAAAACCGCCACCAGAUCGUCGAGCUUCAGCGCCCAGUCUGCCGGUCUGCACACUAACAGGAAGUCCACGCCAUCAACCGCCACAGCCAAUCACUGAUCAGCUGAUAUCUUUGUCAUGAUAUGCGUUCUUCCAAGACUCACAAACGGGGUUAUGUCUGGCUCCCGCCUUUGUCAGCACGUGGAGCAGAGGGGAAUUGUGGUCUCUGUCCUUCUUUUCUCCUCUCUCCCACAGGCCGCCACCUCCUCCACCUCCUCCUCUGCAGUUCUUGUGGUCUCUGGACAGCAGAGUUUGAACAGCCAGCGUGUCUUCAUUCUCCACCGCGUCCCACAAGGUCUUGUACUAAUAGGGUUACAAGAAGGUUGUCAGGUUGGGUCAGGGGAGUCCAAGGCAGGAGUUACAUCAUCAUGGAAAGACACAAGCAAUCCGCAUGUGAGCAUCAGCGUGACAGAGAUGUAGCGUCGUGUGAAAUAUCUUACAGCAUCUGCAGACUUGCCGAGGUGUUUGGGUGCGCCUGCUCCCCUGCCGACAGACGACUCCCCUCCCCUUAGCCGGCACGACAGAUUUCUAUAGAUCCGCUUGGGCGAGACGGGACCCAAGGAGCGCCGGCGAUGGGGUGGGUUCCUCGUGGAUACGGACAUGACAAAGCAGGACAGGAGAGAAGGAGCAGAAGGCUGCACACUUCAUGUUAUUGAUCCGGCAAACAACAUCCAAACCACUUGUUUUUAUUUUUUUCCCUCCCUUAAACUAUUCAUUAAAUGUACGGCUAAAGACAGAAAAUCAUUAUAGUGCUGGGUAUUUUUUGUGAUAUUUUCCCCUUAUACAGUAUAUGCCAUCGGAUACUCAUCCAUUUGUUUUUUUUUUUUUAAAUGUUGAUAUCAAUAAAGUUUUCAGCUUCUAAAUUGAGUUUGUUAGCUGUGGUGAGCGAUAGUGCAAAUUAGUAUCAAAUUGAUACACUCCACGCUAUAAUCAGAGUAAUACAGGACACUUACUUUAAUAGCACUCUUAUAGCGCUAGUAUCAUCCUAUACCGAUGCUACCCUCGGUAUCAAUGCUGUGGAUAUUUGGAUCGUUUCUUUCGUCUCUAAAGUUGUAGCUGUUAGCUAGUUAGCUAGCAAAUGAAAAAAAAAAGUUACCUAGCAAUUGUUUCCAGACGUAGCUGUUCCUUAAAGGCCACCUAACUGCUGAAACGUUUAGAAUGUAACUUCACCAAAAAAAAUGACAAGCGAGGAGAUUAUAUACGACAAGAUUCACUUCAGACACGACCCACGAUGGAGUGGGCGUCUGGGCCCCGCAGAGGGAGGGGGCCUUCAGCUCUGCGUGGCUUGCGUGAUUGAAAUGUUGGAGAGUGAUGACGUUUCGUCGGUCAGGAAGGCUUAUGCCUUGUCGGCUGUCAGCGGGGUCCUCAAGUGUUCUCCAGGGGCCCUGCGGGACCUGCUCCAACAGGACCACCAAGUCUCCAUGCAGUUUAUAACUUCUCUACUGGGGAUGCUUCAUCCUGCAGUGGAUUCAGCCACUUUGGAAAAGGUGGACCAAGUCCUGGUUCUACUGCUUUUAGAGCUUCAGAGCGAGCUGCCGUUACUCUUUGUGUUGGAUCAAAUUGACAAAAAGGUGAUUGACCAGCUCAAUGUGAAGGAUUUCUUGCCAACAUUCAACUUCCUAGGGAGUCUGGUGGAAGCCGUGCCCAGUGUGGCCCUUAGCCUGGUGACCCAGUAUGUUCCCUUGCUCGACCGUCUGUGCUCGGUCUUCUUGUACCCGGAUGAAGGGCUGAAGGCAUCGGUGGUCUACGUGUGGCUCAAGAUGUUGGGGGGCGCCGGGGGCUCGGCAGCCCACUCCCUGCCCAUCACCCUCAGGGACAGGGUGUGCGUCCUGUUGGUACAGACCUUUGCCAAUGCCAGCUCCGCCCAGCUUAUCAACAAUUGCAUCGCUCUGUUGUGGCUCCUGGUGCAGUGGGGAGAGGCGGUGUCAGUUCUUAUGAGUAACGCCGAUGUUCACUUCAUGAGCAGCCAGAAAGAGAACAGCCACAUCAACAACAGCCAGCACCAAGAGCAACAGACUCCUGACCACUGCCAUCUGCCUCUCAUCCUCAAAAAGUUGCUGCUGAGCGGCGACGAGGCCUUGCACGUGACCAGCGCAAAGUGCAUGGCAUCUAUUCUGGUUCAUUCUCCCAGUCUCUACAGCGCUCCUUUCAUCAAAGCUGACGUACCAGAGUUUCUAUUUGACCGUCUGGCGAGUACAAGCAGUGAGGUGCUGCUGUGGGCCAUCUACAGCUGCUUGGUGUUACUGGUUGAAGACCAACUGUUUUUCUCCCAGUGUCACUCAGUGUACGGUAUAGAAUCCCUGGUGCGCAGUCUGAAACAGGCCCUGCAGCUGGCCAACGUGGACGUGCUGAAACAAGGGCUUUUGCUCCUUACCGAGAUCUUGGAAAGGCAGCCCCCAAAUGUGCGUUUAUUCCUCAGUCCACAGGCGUUUAUGGCUGUAUCACAGACCGUGGUCGCUGGACUGUCCUGCUCCUGCCUGCGAGUGGCCACACAGGCUGCAAACGCCGCCUCCGCCCUCUUUAGACUUCACCACCAAUCCAGACCUGUCCAGUACCAGGAGUUACAAGAACUGGUAGGAGCCAUCACUACCAGAUUCAACGAGCUUCCCUUGUACUCUGGUCAACGUCGACGUAUUGGCAGUCAGAGGAAGUCAGACCACAGCAGCCUGGCCUCCAGGUCAGAAGGAUUUCAUCUGCAGUCCCUGCUCUGUUUUCAGACUGCUUGCAGGUCAGCCCGAUUGGCUGAGGACUGUGCAUCGGAUCCUGUUCUGAAGGAGAACACGUUCACGGCUCCAUCAACGCACAGCCGUGACCAGGACUCGCUGGAGUCUCUGUGCCAAUGCCUGCUGCGCUGCUGUGACUCCGUCUGGAUACCCGGCGUUGUUAAGAUGUGUGAAUGUGCACCAAAUCCUCAGAUAUUGCAGACCUUCUACUCAAUCCUGUGCUCCCAGUUCACUCUCCUGCCAUCUCUCAUGCCGGUCUUUGCUACCAAGAUGGCCUCUUCUGGUUUCUACAGGCUGGCUUUGGAACACAAAGGGGUUUUCUGCGUCGGAAGCAGGAACGCACAUUUGAAUGCAGCUUGCUGUGAUUUCCUCCUCAAAGUCAGCACGUGUCUGCUCUCCCAGUCAAGUCCCGUUUCUGAUGCCUGCCAGCAGGAUGCGGAGGAAGCGGAGAAUCUCCUGCAGUGCAAUCUCCCGUCUCUGUGCUGCGGCAUCUCGGACUGGCCCGCUCUGCUGUGCCAGUCUCCCGGGCCCCUACUGUGUGAUUAUAAAGGACCAAGAGCCACGCAGUACUGCCUGGUCAUAAUACUGCACCUCGCCCUGCAGCAAGGAGACAGGCUCCUCCCAGACCAGACGGUGUUUUCCAGUGUGGUGUGGCUUUUGCGUUCCGUGCAGGAGGAUGGCAGCUCCACCAUCCCGACCUGUGUUCUGCGGUCUGCCCUUUACCUGCUGUCGGUGACACAGGACAAGAGCGUCGCACUUGAGGGGGCUCCUUUGAAGUGCAUCAGCACAGCACUCUCCUGUCAAAGCUUCUCAUCCCUCUACAUUCACCAUCCCGCCUUCCUCCACUUCAUUUCUUGCCAUCCGCUGCUUGAAAAGAAAUUUGGAGCCCCGACCUUGGAACUUUGGUUGACCAAACGGGCGCAGUCGACGCAUCUGACCGCAGACACGCUAAGGACAAAAGACAAAGAUGUGACGAGCAAGAGCAAGAACAAGAGCAAGAGCCAGACACAGAAAUUGCGGAGCUCCUGUCUGUGGUGGAGAAGUACCCAGCUGUCGUCCUGACCCUCCUGGACGUGGUUUGCAGCGGGGAGGCUGCCCUCGCGGAGCGAGCACUGUCAGUUCUGACGCUUCUCUUGGAUGGUCGCAGUGAAUUUGAGGCGGACUUGUGUACCAGUUUGAAACCCGCCCUACUUCAGGCCCUGCAGAGACUCAGUGUGGA